UUCUUGGAAACCUCAACUCACCUUCAUUAUCCCUUUUCUUUAUAUAUAUAUUUUCCAUCCCCAAGCUCCCCCAACACAUUCCAAUAUUAUUCCACUUCUUCCAACAGUUGGGUUUCUUUGUUCUUUGUUUCUUUUUAUUUCAUCAAAACAUGUCUGCGAUUCCUCCAUCAGCUUCACAAAACUCAUCAUCUUCAGGUUUCCAGGAUUUCUUGCCCGUGAUGGCUGACAAGCUCGGAGGGGAUGGCUUGAUAGGGGAACUGUGCAAUGGGUUCAACCUGUUGAUGGAUAGAGAAAAAGGGGUCAUUACUUUCGACAGCUUGAAGAAGAAUUCGGCCCUGUUGGGGUUACAGGACUUGACAGAUGAUGAUUUGAAGUGUAUGAUGGAAGAAGGUGAUUUUGAUGGCGAUGGGGCUCUUAAUCAGAUGGAGUUUUGUGUGUUGAUGUUCAGGUUGAGCCCUGAGUUGAUGGAAGCAUCUCGGUUUUUGUUUGAAGAAGCUUUUCAACAUGAAUUCAAGGAUUUUCAUUGAUUGUUCUUGUUUCAUCCAUAAUUGUCGUUUUAAUGAAAUUGUUGAAUAUACAGAAAGAAUAGAACAAAAGAGAAUUGAUCAAAUAUUUUACAUUUAUCA